AUAGAUGGAGUAGUUGCGCAUACGCUGGAAAAUCUGUCGCGAGUUGAUCAAAGCUUCAAUGAUGACGGAAAGACCCGGUUCGGUCAACACAAUAUCGGCCGCGGAACGAGCAGCAUCGGACGCAUCGGCUACCGCGAUACCAACAUUGGCCUUGGACAAGGCCGGAGCAUCGUUGACACCGUCACCGGUCAUGGCCACCAUGUGGUCCAUCUUUUGCAAUCGUUCGACGAUUUCGUGCUUGUGCUCAGGAUACACGCCAGCAAAACCGUCCGCACCCAGAACCAGUUCAUCCACUGUAGAGUAACCCGAGCCAGGGGGUGGGCCUUCUUUCAGUGUCUUUGACAAGAACAUGUUAUCACCCAUGCCGAGACGACGGCCGGUUUCUUUUGCAAUAGCCAGUUGGUCACCGGUGAUCAUCUUGACUUGCACGCCCAAUUCCUGAGCGCGAUCAAUGGUUUCUUUGGUAUCCGAGCGAGGAGGAUCGUAAAUAGGCAACAGACCCACCAGACGGUAGCCUUUGCCUUCACCGUCAACCUUGCCAUCCGGCACUUCAUCGACGGCCACCGCCAGCGAACGCAGACCACGACGGGCAAAUUCGUCGACAUCGUCAUUCAGAGCUUGGAUCUGCUCAUCGGUCUUGUCGCGCGUGCACAGAUCCAGAAUAAAGUGGGACAUACCCUUGGUAGCACG